UCUCGUUCUCAUCCACUGAUGAAAAAAUCUACGAACAAGUGAAAUGAAAACCUGUCGAAAGGUUUAUUCGCGAUGUACAAAACCUCUUUAAAUAAAGUCGAUUUUUUAUCUGAAUAAAAAUAAUUCAAGCGUGCAUUCGAUUUCAGAACAAUAACAUUUCGAUGUCCGUUUUUUUAUUCGGAGAGAUAAGCUUUUGAAGAUAUCUGAAAUCCAAAACGUAUAUAGAUGUUCGCUUGCAACGACUUUUAAUUUAAUUGUUUCCUAAGUCAUCCAAAGUCCAGUACGUGAGUAUACUGAGUUUAGUUUGAACUAUCCCACUCACAGGCUUUAUCACGAUUCCGUUAGAUCAGCAGUGCAUAUAUCCAUUCGAAUGUUUGUCUCGAUCGGUCUGAAACAAGUUUUAUCCUUGACGUGAUGUCUUCAGGAUAUGUCUGUCAACUGCCGGAGGAAGUGCAACGUUACGCUAGAGAAGUUUUGGGAGAAACGGAUACGACCAGAACACGAUGUCUGGACGAGCUGAAGAGAUGGGCCGAGGAAAAUCCUCACCUACAUGUACGGACAGAAGAAAAAUACCUACUACCAUUCCUCAGAGGGACAAAGUUUGACGUCGAAAAGGCAAAGAUUAAACUGUUCAACUUUUACGUCAUGCGUCGUGAUAGAACUGAAUGGUUCGAGAACAGAGAUCCCAGGCUGAAGGAGAUCCAAGAGAUGUUAAAGAUGGGCAGUUUCGUGACUUUGAAGAAGACCUUCGAGAACCAACUCGUAGUGGUGAUCAGACCAACUUUUCACAACCCCAGCAUCCAUCACAUGGACGACGUCAUCAAAACCGGCUUGAUGGUUAUAGACGUGGCCGUCAUGGAAGAAGAACUGGCUCAGAUCUAUGGCGUUAUAGGGAUCAUAGAUAUGACCAAUCUGUGUUUCGGUCACGCGAAACAGAUGACACCUACUAGGAUAAAAAACAUAGUCAAUUCAUGGCAGAAUUUCCACUGUAGGCCUCAGAGGAUACAAUUCGUGAAUGCUCCGUCGUACAUGAACGUGGUCUUGGACAUCUUCAAGAGUUUCAUGACACCGAAAUUGAAGAGCAGGACUUUCGUUUGCCACAAUGGAUAUUCGGCAGUUACGGAACUUAUGAACAAGGAGAUCUUACCAAGGGAUUAUGAUGGUGAUGGAGAGUCUUUGGAGGAGUUAGGAGAGUAUUGGAGCGAAAAGUUGAUCUCCUAUUCAGACUGGUUCGUCCAGGAUGCCAAGUACAAGGCAGGAAUUGAGAUUAAGAAGAAAACCAAGAGUUGGUUUUCAAAUUGUUUAGUUAUGCCUACGACACAAAUGUUCAGUUCGGCCUCGGGAAUUCAAAGAACAACCAGCAGCGAACCUGAAGAGGAUGCAGAAUUUAUACGGGAAUCCCUGGAUAACCUGAAGAAAUGGACAGAAGAAAACCCGAACCUACAUAUCCGAAACGAGGAUAAGUAUCUCCUAAUCUUCCUCAGGUGUUGUAAAUACGAUUUGAAGAAAACCAAGGAAAGGAUUAAAAAUUUUUAUUUGAUGAAGAGGGACAGGAAGCUACUAUUCAGGAAUCGUGAUCCUCUUUCCAGGGAAGUUCAAGGACUCAUCAAGAUGGGAACCUUCUUCGUAUUGAAGAACAACCAUGAAAAUCGGCCUGUAGUUAUCAUCAGACCUACCAUUCGUGAUCCUUCGGUCUACACCUUGGACGACGUAGUGAAAAGUGGAUCUAUGGUGCUAGAUAUUCUCGCAUUGGAAGAAGAGUAUGCUCAAAUCUAUGGAAUCAUCACCAUCGUGGAUUUGACGAAUGUGAGCUUCAUGACUGUUACUGAAUUGUCUAUACCUCGAUUGAAGUACAUGGUUUCUGUAUGGCAGAAUUAUUACUGUAGGCCUCAACAGAUAGUCUUCAUUAACGUUCCUGCUUACAUCAAUGUGUUCUUGAAAAUUGUUAAAAGUUUUAUGACGGCUAAGAUGAGAGAUCGGAUUCAAGUGCACCAUGACAGUAAUUUUUCUCUUACCAAUGUAGUGGAUAAAAAGUUGUUACCUCCUGAAUAUGGAGGGGAAGGCGAAACCAUAGAGGAACUUGCUAAUUAUUGGAGCGAUAAGAUGAUUUCCUACUCCCAAUGGUUCAAGGAAGAUGAAAAAUUUAGAGCGGAAUGAAGAUGUUUUACAAUAAAAUAAGAAAACCUGUUUUUAUACAUUUAUGAAGAUAAUAUUUUUAUAUAUUUGCUUUUUUAAGUUCAACUGGUGCUGUGUAUUUACCUAAUAGAAUUAAAUGAAUUCGGUUUGAUCAAUAAAACUUAUAUUUUAUAGAAAUUAUAUUAUCAA